CUUGAAGUCGUGUUGCCUGUGUUAUCCAAGCGAUGCCGCACUCUUUGUGCAGAGAGGGGCGCACCACGUCGGUAUGCUAAUGAAAAGCAAAAAGUGGAGCGCGAGUUGAAGUCCAUAUCGCAGACUCUGAGUGUUGAUCUACUCCAACACAUACAUCGUGUCUUCAGAAAUGCAUGGUUUGGACAUGCAUUGUCGUGAACAGGCGCAUCAAGCGAGCCGCAUUGAAUAUGACAGGCAACUCCACCUUCCUUCCGCGAUUGAAGAGGUAGAGGCUCUCCAAGUGAAACUCGAUGCCACAGUGGAUGAGGAUGAACGACGAGCGCUGGAGGAGGACAUCACAGGCAAGAUCUUGUGGCUGUGUUGGUGCGGGAUAUGUGCAGAAGUGGACCAACAGUUACCAAAGAUUGUUGAUUACAUACGGAGAGAAGGAAACGGUUUAGUCGAAAUUGUCCUGGCUAUGGAUUUAAUAAAUCCAGGUGAUGAUGAAGCUCACUUGCGGCGGAUCAUGCUUGAUGCAGGAGCAGGCACGUCGAAACAUAAGUUAUGGCUUGCCGCUCGGGCAGCAGAGCAAGCCAAGUGGUCUAGGGGUACCCCCGCUGUGGACGACCCGGGUUCUGUUCCGAGUACAAGCAAUCAACCCCCCUCCGCAUCAGUGGUUUAGCAAACUUGGAUGUCGUGUAACCGUCACCCCGAAGGGGUGGGGGUGACGAUGGUAAAUAUAAAGUCCAAGGGGUGAUUGAAAGCACCUUGGCUGAAGCAGGGUUAUUUGUGUAUCAGUCUGGUCCUGACGUGAC